AUCGCUAACGCUUAUCACGUACGCCUGAUCUCUCGACGACGGCGAAGCAUGUUUUUUUUCCGGCAGUUCAGAUUCGAACGCAGCCGUAGUUAUAUAGACAUGCAGCAGGCGCGCUCUACACUGCCACAAAAGCUUCGGUUUUGCUUUAGUCGGGACCUGAACACCAAAGUCACCAACCGGGUUAACUUCGCCGCGCAAAAGCUGAGCGGAGCUUUAACUUGCGUCGCCGCCAAAAACCAGACAUCGGCAUUAUUCCCGACGAUCAGACGAUAUUCGGACAGCAAGCAGAGCACUUUAAAGAACAUGGCCGAUCAGAAGAUGCUGCAGACCACGCUGGAGGAGGGCGAUCCAGAGUUGGCCGAACUGAUUAAGAAGGAGAAGGAGCGCCAGCGGGAAGGUCUCGAGAUGAUUGCCAGUGAGAACUUCACCUCGGUGGCGGUGCUGGAGAGUCUGAGCUCCUGUCUGACCAACAAGUACUCCGAGGGAUAUCCCGGCAAGAGGUACUACGGUGGCAACGAGUUCAUUGACUGCAUCGAGCUUCUUGCCCAGAAACGAGGACGCGAACUCUUCAACCUGGAUGAGGACAAGUGGGGCGUCAAUGUCCAGCCCUAUUCCGGAUCUCCGGCCAAUCUGGCUGUCUACACGGGCGUCUGCCGUCCCCAUGACCGGAUCAUGGGUCUGGAUCUGCCCGAUGGUGGUCAUUUAACCCAUGGUUUCUUCACGCCCACCAAGAAAAUCUCGGCCACAUCGAUUUUCUUCGAGAGCAUGCCGUACAAAGUGAACCCGGAGACGGGAAUCAUUGACUACGAUAAGUUGGCCGAGGCAGCCAAGACAUUCCGGCCGCAGAUCAUCAUUGCCGGCAUCUCGUGCUAUUCCCGACUGCUGGACUAUGCCCGAUUCCGUCAGAUCUGCGAUGAUGUGGGUGCCUAUUUGAUGGCCGAUAUGGCUCAUGUUGCUGGUAUUGUGGCCGCCGGAUUGAUUCCAUCGCCAUUUGAAUACGCCGACAUUGUGACCACCACCACCCAUAAAACCCUUCGAGGUCCUCGAGCCGGUGUGAUCUUCUUCCGCAAGGGAGUACGUAGCACUAAGGCUAAUGGUGAUAAGGUCCUGUAUGAUCUGGAGGAGCGCAUCAACCAGGCUGUGUUCCCAUCCCUUCAGGGUGGUCCACACAACAAUGCCGUUGGAGGAAUUGCCACGGCUUUCAGGCAGGCCAAGACCCCGGAGUUCAAGGCCUACCAGACGCAGGUCCUCAAGAACGCCAAGGUCCUGUGUGAUGGCCUCAUUUCGAGGGGUUAUCAGGUGGCCACCGGGGGCACUGACGUCCAUUUGGUCCUGGUCGAUGUACGCAAGGCGGGAUUGACCGGCGCCAAGGCGGAAUACAUUCUCGAGGAGGUGGGCAUUGCCUGCAACAAGAACACUGUGCCUGGGGAUAAGUCUGCAAUGAAUCCCUCGGGUAUCCGUUUGGGUACUCCUGCCUUGACCACUCGCGGUCUCGCCGAUAAGGACAUCGAACAGGUGGUGGCCUUCAUUGAUGCAGCACUUAAGGUGGGUGCCCAGGCAGCCAAACUAACCAGCAGUCCCAAGUUGGCUGACUACCAUAAGACGCUGGCCGAGAAUGCGGAAAUCAAGGUUCAGGUGGAGGAGAUCCGCAAGAACGUGGCUCAGUUCAGCAGGAAGUUCCCGCUGCCCGGCUUGCAGACCCUGUAGGUCUGGACCCUAUUCAUUCGUCAAAACAUCUCUCGUUAUAUUCUCUUUUUUUUACUCCUUUUUUAUGGAAAGUUUUAAGUAGAUUUUCCACGCAAUGCAAGUGGAAAUCGUAGAGUUAAGUCAUUAAACGCAUUUUAAUCAUUUAUCAUAAA